UUUAGAAAGAUAGUCACAAUAAAAACACAUUUUUCUAGUAUUAAUUGCAGAAUAGAUUUAUAAUUUUCGUUGACAUAAAUUGAUAAAGAUAUAAACAAAAAUCCGGGAAACAGAUUGUGUAAAGCUUGAUAACAAAGACUGACAAUAGUAAAAACCAAAUAUUUACAACUAAUAUUCCCAAUCCUUCACAAUUGCUAGUCUAGUCAUGUGCACCGGCUCCUCGAGCAAUGCGGCCGCUGAUUCAUCGGGUAAACAAGAGGAAUCAUCAAGUACAAAUUCAACUACUGAACAACAUCAGGACGCUAUGGUUCCAAAAGAGGACAUUAUCGACUUGAGCGAAUACGGUGUUAACUUUAAGAUUUUAGAAAGGAACUCACAAGUAGCAGAGUUGUUGACCAUUAUAAGGGACAAAAAUACAACAAGGAGUGAUUUUAAAUUUUAUGCAGAUCGACUUAUUCGUUUGGUCAUCGAAGAAUCUUUAAAUCAGUUGCCAUAUUCUGACUGUUGCGUUGAGACACCUACAGGCGCUAUAUAUGAAGGUCUUAAAUAUCGUUCAGGCAAUUGUGGCGUAUCCAUUAUACGUUCUGGCGAAGCAAUGGAGCAAGGGCUACGAGAUUGUUGUCGCUCAAUUAGAAUUGGAAAAAUACUUGUUGAAUCCGAUGCAGAUACGCAUGUCGCACGUGUUGUUUAUGCACGAUUUCCUGAUGAUAUAGCACGACGGCAAGUGCUGCUAAUGUAUCCUAUUAUGUCUACUGGAAACACAGUUUUACAAGCUGUUAACGUUUUGAAAGAACAUGGAGUUCGGGAAAGUUCUAUUAUUCUAUCUAAUUUAUUUUGCACUCCAGUGGCAGCGAAAACUGUAGUUGGUGCUUUUCCAAGGUUACAGAUUCUCACAUCUGAGCUACAUUCGGUCGCACCUAAUCAUUUUGGGCAAAAAUAUUUUGGCACUGAUUAAGUUAUUGCUUGUCGAAAAAGGACACUGUUUUUAAGAAUAUUUUAUGUGACAACUUUUUAUGUUAAGCAGCAUGUUCUAGAGUACUUAAUUUGAAAGGAGUAUUUCCAAGUGGAGGUGGAAGUAUUUCAUCGCGUUAUUAUCUCAUUACUCAUUGUUUGAAUAUUAUUUAGAACAAAUGAUCAAUAGAUAGAGGCGAACAGUUGGUUACAAAACGUACUUUAAACACACUACAAAUUAAAGCUUUUAUAUGCAUUAUUAAUUUUAUUAUAUUUUUUUAAGAAUCUGAUUAUAUCAACAUUUUUAUUGGUGAUUUCAUGAAUGAUAGAAUAUUCUGCCCUUCCUGGGAAAUCUGUUAUCAUUUGUGAAAACAAGCAAGUUGGAAAGCACCUUCCUUAAUUGUUUCGAAAUAUUUCUUACAACUAAAUUUGUAAAUAGACAAAAAUUUAAUAUUUUAUUUACAUAUGCAUUAUAUUUACUAUUAUUAUUUAUUUAUUGUAUCUGCAUGUUUUAUAUACACAUGCUCUAUUUUAAAUUCUAUUUAAAUAAAAUUU